AUGGAGACGCAUUCCUCGCCCACUGCAAUGGAGGAGGACCCAGCAGAGGAGCUCAUGCCGAAGAGCUCGUCCUCUGCCAUGCCGGACCCCAUGGCCGACACAGUGCCGAGACUGACGGCGAAGGUCCACCGUCGCUUCUCUGCCGAAGAUGCGGCUGCGAUACCUUUGAGCCACAUCCACUACCGCCCUCUGCAGGCGGAAGAUAUGGACGAGAUGAUGGCCUUGCACCAAGAGUGGUUCCCGGUCUCCUACGACCAAGACUUUUACAACAAGUCGGUCGGUGGACAUCUCUACUCUCUGGUGGCGACUUGGCCUCACGUUCAACAUGGCGGCUCUGCCAGUUCCGUUGGGGGCAGGGCGUCUGCCGAGCAACCCGAGGAGAGCAUCCUGGGCAUGAUCACGAUGAGCACUUACUGCGAGCAUCACGGAGAGGCUAUCAGCCACGUUUUGGGCGCUGACUGCGAGGCAGUCUGCCGCCGGAAACGCCGCCGGGACUUCGGUUCCGAGGAGGAGCACGGGCCCAGUACAGGGGCUCUGGCCUACAUCUUGACUCUGGGCGUAGCGGAAGCGUUCCGCAGGCGAGGCCUGGCAAAAGAGUUGAUCAGGCGCUCCUUAGAGUACGUCGAGAGAGACCUGCCCGAGGUGCAAGCAAUGUACUUGCAUGUGGUAACUUACAACGAGGCGGCCAUCUUGCUCUACGAGUCAUGCAGUUUCCUGCGCAUCGAGUACUUCCCUUCCUUCUACUUCCUGCAUGGACGUCAUUACGACUCCUACCUUUAUGCCCGCUACCUUCGGGGGAUUGGCAUCGUUACGGUUCACACCGCGAACAUUGGGCCCUACGCAAACAUCACUGGCGAAAGAAACCGGCUCUAUGCCCAGCGGCACGAUUAUGGUUUCCACGUCGAGACAAAGGUGAUCGACAAGUCCAGGAUUCCCCACUGGUCCAAGAUUCAUGCAGUUCUACUUCACCUUUGUGAGUAUGACUUUGUAUUCUGGAUCGAUGCAGAUGCCAUGUUCUACGACCAAGAUGUUCGAAUAGAGGAUGUUGUGCCAAUCGGGGAUGUUGAGAAGCAUAUCUGGCUGCAGCACCAUUCGCAGGAUUUCCCUUCCAGUAUUCGAAAAGAGCUUUUCGACACUGGAACUGUUUUAUUUCGCAGUUCGCCAUGGACUCGACGGUUUCUGCUGGAGUGGUAUUUCUACCCUCCAUGUCAAGACCCUGAGAUCCUCAACUACACGGAGCAGUACUGCUUCAGUGAGGCUUACAAGGCGGAUUUCAUGGACUUGCAAACCAAGACGGCGGCUUUGCUCUCCAAAGAGUUGAACAACCAUCAGGUACCUGGCCCUUCGGAAAAAGGAUUGUUCAUCCUCCACCUGAGCGGACAGGCAGAUGCGCAGCGUGCCGACUACUUGCGGGAAGUCCUGGACGGAAAGGCAACAGUCUUUGCGAACCAGCCGGAGUAUGCGGACUUCAGGAGUUUCCAGCAGCUUUUUGCCAGCCACAACUAUGGGGGCCUGGCAAGCAUUCACCUUUGUGUGGUUGGGAUCGGAGACCGACAAGCACUGCUGCUGGAUGCCCUCCUGUUUCACCUCACGUACAUGGGCGUCACAACCAUUAUUCUGGAGGGCGCGCCCGGACUUUACAGUCAACUGAGAAAGUCCGACGAGAUCGUGGGCACCAAGUAUGGCAAGCGCAUGGCUCUCCUCAGCAUUGAGGAGUAUCUCUCCGGGAAGACGAUCGACGGCGACCCGUACGUCUCAGGGUUUUACUGCGACGUGACGAUCCUCGGCGUUGAAAGCUGGAGGCACAUGAGAUAUGGCCACAAGCUGCUCGGAGACUUGAACUUGGCCGGUUUCAGCCGGGACCAUGAAGAGGUCAUGGCUGGGCGAAGCUUCGGCGCGUCCCCGUUGUCGGACGUUUUCUUUGCCGUGCUGGAGGAUGGUUGUCUGGGAGAUGCUGGGUCACUGCAUGCUGAGCCCGAUCGGCUUCUAGACACGGACGAUUUUGGUGGUGAGCUGGAUGAAGCCUGCCGCUUCCUAUCCAACAGCUACCUUUGGCUAGCAGAAAAGCUGCAGCGCGCAGUUGCCGGGGGCAUAGCCAACUACGAGACAAACAUUGAGGUUCUCAUUCCCAACAGUACCUCCGAGCCGGUACCGUGGCGGUCCUCCAAACCUGAGCUUUGGGGCGUUCUGAAGGAGGGCAAAGUUACCUUCAUCCGAUUGCCACGGGCUGCGUUUAUUGUAGAUUGA